CCACAACUUCUACUCGAGCGAGAGGAAAACACAACACAAGACUUUAUUUUUUUCACUGCUGCUGAGCUCCUGUGCAACUUGAAAAAAUGUCCGAGAACGGCGCUCGUCUGAACAAGUUCAAGAACAAAGGCAAAGAUGCCAACGAGCUUCGCCGCAGGAGGGUGGAGGUGAACGUGGAGCUCCGCAAGGCCAAGAAGGAUGACCAGAUGUUCAAAAAGAGAAAUGUGGCCGCGUUCCCCGACGAGGCCACUUCCCCUCUUCAGGAGAGGAACCAGAACUGCCAGGCUUUCAGGCAGUGGACAGUCGAGGAGAUCGUGGCGGGACUGAACAGCGGUACCACCGAGUCCCAGCUCCAGGCCACUCAGGCUGCGAGGAAGCUGCUGUCCCGUGACAAACAUCCUCCCAUUGACCAGAUGAUCAGCGCCGGACUGAUCCCGAGGUUCGUCUCCUUCCUGGGGAUGGCAGAGUGUCCUCCGAUCCAGUUCGAGGCGUCCUGGGCUCUGACCAACAUCGCCUCCGGGACAUCUGAUCAGACGGCUGCUGUCGUGGAGGGCGGGGCCAUUCCUGCCUUCAUCAGCCUGGUCACCUCCCCACACCAGCACAUCAGCGAGCAAGCAGUGUGGGCCCUCGGAAACAUCGCUGGCGAUGGAUCGGCUCUCAGAGACAGAGUCAUCAAGCAUGGAGCUGUGGCGCCUCUGCUCAGCCUGCUGGCCGUCCCUGACCUGACUGUGUUCAGUGCCGGCUACCUGCGAAACGUGACUUGGACGCUGUCGAACCUCUGCCGCAACAAGAACCCCUCCCCCCCUCUGGCUGCCAUCCAGCAGCUCCUCCCUGCUCUCAUCCGUCUGCUGCACCACGAUGACCUGGAGGUUCUGGCGGACGCCUGUUGGGCCGUUUCAUACCUGACGGACGGUCCCAAUGAACGCAUUGAGGUGGUGGUCCAGACCGGUCUGAUUCCUCGCCUGGUGAAGCUGCUCGGCUUCGAGGAGCUGCCUGUGGUGACUCCCGCGCUGCGUACCAUCGGCAACAUCGUGACUGGUACAGAUGAGCAGACGCAGGCGGUGCUGGAUGCCGGGGCCCUGGGCAUGUUCCCCCCACUGCUGCGCCACAAGAAGGCCAACAUUCAGAAGGAGGCAGCCUGGACCCUGUCCAACAUCACAGCAGGGAAGGACUGCCAGAUCCAGGAGGUCAUCAACGCAGGCCUCGUUCCGUACAUGGUGGAAGUGCUUGUGCGGGGUGACUACAAAACUCAGAAAGAGGCUGUGUGGGCAAUUACCAACUUCACCAGUGGGGGCACUGUUCAGCAGGUGGUCUAUCUUGUGCAAGCCAAUGUGAUCGAGCCUCUUCUGAACCUGCUCUCCUCUAAGGACAGUAAAACCGUCCUCGUCAUCUUGGAUGCCAUCACCAAUAUCUUCUUGGCCGGGGAUAAAAUCGGCGAAUCGGACAAGCUGAGUCUGAUGAUUGAAGAAUGCGGUGGACUGGACAAGAUCGAGGCGCUGCAGGCUCACGAGAAUGAGACGAUCUACAGAGCUGCCCUCAACCUGAUCGAGAAGUACUUCUCAGAGGAGGACGAGGAGGUUCAGUCUGUGGCCCCAGAAGCAACCAACGAUGGCUACGCCUUCCAGAUCAGUGAAGCCCAGAGCACUUUCAACUUCUAGACAACUUUCUACCUCUACUGUGAACUGUACUCGUUCCUCCUCGCUACUGUUUGUCCCUUAUUCAUGUACUGUUCUUGUAUGUGUUGUACAUACUGUUUUAACACGGCUGAUUAAACAAGUCUGUAAAUAAAGUUUUUCGAUCAUGUGUGAGGAUUUAA